AUGAGCUUCGAUGCCGGCCAACAGCUUCCUCCCACACCGGUAUCCUACAGGCCCAGCUUCCCACCACCUCAGCCCAUCUCGCAACCAUCUCCCUACGAACAGACGCCCUACCCUCAUCAUCCAUCGCCUGCCGAGCCAAUCUAUAGCCAUGUUUCGUACGCGGCGACGCAGAAACGGAAAGCAACACGAGCUUCCCAGGCCUGUGACAACUGCCGUCAGUUGAAAGCAAAGUGCGACGAAACGAAGCCAUGCAAGACAUGUCGAGAGAAGAACGUGGAGUGCAAAUAUCGUGAUCCGAUACCCAAAGCUGCGGAUAAGGCCCAGACCGAUAUGCUCGAAGCGCUCGCCGAGGUGAAGAGUAUCCUUUACAACGUCGACAAGAAGAUAAGCGAUGUCAAGAGGGAACUGCCGUUCCUGAGAGGUAUCAAGCUCGAGGCCGAUGCGGAAACUGUUUACCCAGCUCUUUCUGCUCCUGUCGAAACACAUGUUGGCUUUGAACGCACCCCACAGGUGGCGGCAACGCCUCAACAUAUCCCGCAGCCUGACCCGCCGCAUGGAACGCCACAGCCGGCCUACACGCCUGUCAACGAGGUGGCCAAUCCAAUGAGUCUCAACGACGUGGAAGACGCCAACUUGGAACAAACUGUAAUGGAAGAUGAGAGGGAUGAUAUCGAAGAUAGAGAACCCCCUGGUCCGGCAGUGCGUCCAGGGAAAUCGUCCAUCCCCGAAGACCAUACCACCUCGGCCGGUUUUCUCCUGACCUGGCCCCCGAUCAGAGCCAUGACCCAGCACCUGCUCCUAAGGGAAGGCAUCCAGUACCCCGAAGACUUUCCCCAGUCCAUCGAAGAGAGGAGAGGCGUCAUCAAGUUGUUCGGAAAGGGCGAGGGCCAUGGGCGCUGGACUCCUCAGCUCGACCAGCACGGCGUACUGGACGUCAGUACGGAGAACUACUCAGACCCUGGGUCUUCUCCUGCCGGGCAAGCCGAUUGGGGCCAGAUCGGCAGCCUCAGCCCCGGUGCCCAGGUCGACUACAAGAGCUCGACACUGACACCACAGGGACAGCCCGAUUUCAGCGAAGCGACGGUCCUCAAGUAUAUCAAGAGCUUCGAGGACCACAUUCUGAGCAUGCACCCCAUCCUCCUGCCGAAACAUCUCAAGAUUUGGGUGCGCUCGUUUCUGAACCAGACGGCACCCGGGGAUCGGCGCACGUUGAAGGUGUCGGGCGCUGGGCCAUCGGCAGCCGUCGCCAAGUUCGCCAACUCGGCGCAAAUGCAGCCGGGCGACGCCAUCGGCAAGCGGAAGCGGUCCCCGACCAGCGAGCCGGCCGACAAGCCGAGGUCCUCUCCGGGCCUUGUCCCAGGGAAACCCUACCGGACGGUCGACAACGCGCUCGUUCUCGCUGCCCUCGCUCUGGGCAAGCUCUCUCUUCACAAAGGCAAAGUCCCGGACGUGGCGCCGUCGGAAUAUCGCACACAUAGCUCCCCGGCCGUCCGCAACGGCUAUCCCACCUCGCCCGCGCAGUCGUCACCGCCCUCGCACUCUCAGUCGUCCGGACUCCCGUCGCCGCGAGAAAACAGCGCAGGGAUGCCUAGCCGACGACCUUCGUGGCAGGGAACGGCGUCGAGGACGGCCGGCCAGUCCAUGCGGCGGAACUACGAUAUCAUACCGGGGUUGGAGUACCUCGCCAACGCCACGGACAUUAUGGGCAACCAGAACGGAAGCCUCACUUUGCGCCAUGUUCAGACCAACAUCUUCAUUGGCUUGUAUUACGGUCAGCUCGGUUACCCCAUCCAGAGCGAGAAGUACAUCGUCGAUGCCGGGUACGCCUUGCAAGUCGUCAUGCGGAGGGACCUGCCUCGGUUCCAGAAGUAUAAGAAGGAGAUGAAGUCGCCACAUCCAUCGAAAAUCCGCGAGAACCUGGUAUUGCUCGCCUUUUGGACUUGUCUGCAGUUGGAAAGCGACAUCGUCGUGGAGCUCUCUCUACCGCGGUCCGGGAUCUUGUCGUAUGAAGAAUACAUGCCCCAUCCCAACCUGACGGAUUUCAACUGGACCUUCCUCGCGCGCGAGAGCUACCUCGCCCUGCUGGUGCUUCGAAGCCACGGCAACCUCAUCACCAAGACGUUUUAUUCGAAUGAGCCCCCCGAAGGCUCUCGAAAACCAGGAGAGGCGGUAUCCUUGGAGACGGCGCAGGCGUUCAUGUGGUCCAUGAAAUGGGUGCCCGAGACGUUCAAGUUCUCGAACACGGAUCCGCCGGCAACGGACAUGCUGACGGCGCGCGUGCGAGCCAAGUACUGGGGCUUCCAAGUCAUCACGCUACGGCCCUUCAUCAAGAUGAUCCUCGACUUUACGGAGCGGCAGAUGACCGAGGCGAGGACGGGCGCGGCAGGUUUCCCCGGCACGAGGCCCCACAACCCUCGUGAGCCGUACAUCGAUGCGAGGGUCAAGUUGUACGAAGACAUCGACCCUGCGAUCAUCGAGUCGGCGAAGGAGGGUAUCUUUGCUCUCGUACAAAGCACGGAGGCCUUUCACGGGUUGAAGAACGAGAGGCUCAUCCUGACCAACUUUUUCGGAACAGCCAUGGCGCAAUGGGGCAAUCUUCUCGUCCUCGCAGCGUGUUUCCGCGAUCCUUUCCUGGGCCAGUUCGUGAACGAGGGGAAAUUGCGAACUUUGUUUGACCGGACCAUGUACUGGAUCAGCCUCGGUGCGCAACCGUCCAGUUCUCUGGCUAUUGCCAUCCGUAUGCUGGAGGGGCUUCGGGAUGAACUCUUCUGGAACGACCCCCGCGCCAGCAUGAGUUUCUCGAGCUCGAAAAGCGGACAUGGCGCAACGGUCCACCAGUCGCCUGGACAGCCGGCGUCUACGACGUUACCGCAUCUGGCUCUGAACGACUCGAUUCCCAACCCGCUUGAGCAACCGGCGCCUAUAUCUAUGUGA